UGAGCCAAGAACCCAGCUCCCAGCCCGGAGCCACCAGCUCAGCAUGGAGCCAACUCACCUCCUGCCUCUGCUGGCCUCUCUCCAGAUGCUUCCCAGGCCAGUGUCCUCUGCAGCCCAACUAUUUGCCCCCGAACUCACUGUGAGCCCACAAUACCGCAUCUUUCUUCGAGGGGAAUCUGUGACCCUGACAUGCUCAGCUCCCAGCACGGCCACCGUGUCCGGGAUCCGGUUCUUCAGGGAUGGCCGGAGAAUCGGCUCCGGAGAGCUCCAGUGGUCUUAUUACCGUGUCAGCGCCUCCCUCCUGCUGUCGAAUGUGUCUGAGUCGAAUGCCGGGGUGUACAGCUGUGAGUCGUGGAGGACAGAGUCUGGGCAAGAGGUCCCACUGCAGAGGAGCCAAAACAUCUCCAUCGCAGUGACUGACCAGCUGUCUGCCCCCGAACUCACUGUGAGCCCACCACACCGCAUCUUCCUACGGGGGGAAUCUGUGACCCUGAUGUGCUCAGCUCCCCGCAUUGCCACCGUGACCAGGAUCCGGUUCCUCAGGGAUGGAAAGAGCAUCGACUCCAGAAAGCUCCAGUGGUUUCAGGACAAAGUCAGCUCUCUUCAGGUGUGGAGUGUGUCUGAGUCACAUGCCGGCGUGUACAGCUGUGAAUACUGGAAGACAGAGUCUGGGCGAGAGAUCCCAUCGGAGAGGAGCCAAAACAUCCCCAUCACAGUGACCGACUGGUUGUCUGUCCUUGAACUCACUCUGAGCUCACCCUACCCAGUCCUCCUACGGGGGGAAUCUGUGACCCUGACGUGCUCAGCUCACAGCACUGACACCGUGUCCGGGAUCCGGUUCUUCAGAGAUGGCCGGAGAAUCGGCUCCGGAGAGCUCCAGUGGUCUCAUUACCGUGUCAGCACCUCCCUCCUGCUGUCGAAUGUGUCUGAGUCGAAUGCCGGGGUGUACAGCUGUGAGUCGUGGAGGACAGACUGUGAAUACUGGAAGACAGAGUCUGGGCGAGAGAUCCCAUCGGAGAGGAGCCAAAACAUCCCCAUCACAGUGACCGACUGGUUGUCUGUCCUUGAACUCACUCUGAGCUCACCCUACCCAGUCCUCCUACGGGGGGAAUCUGUGACCCUGACGUGCUCAGCUCACAGCACUGACACCGUGUCCGGGAUCCGGUUCUUCAGAGAUGGCCGGAGAAUCGGCUCCGGAGAGCUCCAGUGGUCUCAUUACCGUGUCAGCACCUCCCUCCUGCUGUCGAAUGUGUCUGAGUCGAAUGCCGGGGUGUACAGCUGUGAGUCGUGGAGGACAGAGUCUGGGCAAGAGGUCCCACUGCAGAGGAGCCAAAACAUCUCCAUCGCAGUGACUGCCCGGCCGCCUGCCCCUGAAUUCACUGUGAGCCCACAGUACCGCGUCUUCCUACGGGGGGAAUCUGUGAUCCUGACGUGCUCAGCUCCCAGCACUGCCAAUGUGUCCGGGAUCCGGUUCUUCAGGGAUGGCUGGAGAAUCAUCUACAGAGAGCUACAGUGGUCUCAGCACAACACCAGAUCUUUUCAGCUGUCCAGUGUGUUGGACUCGGAAGCUGGAACGUACAGCUGUGAUUACUUGAAGACAGAAUCUGUACGAAAGAUCCCAUCGGAGAGGAGUGAAAACAUCUCCAUCGCAGUGACCGCCUUGUCGUCUGUCCCUAAACUCACGCUGAGCUCUCCCUACCCAAUCCUUCUGCAUGGGGAAUCUGUGAACCUGACGUGCUCAGCUCCCCGCCCUGCCACUGUGUCCAGCAUCUGGUUCUUCAGGGAUGGCCAGAGAAUCGGCUCCAGAAUGGCCCAGCGGUCUCAGGACGGUGAUGUCAACGCCUCCCUCCUACUGUCGAAUGUGUCUCAGUCACACACUGGAUUAUACAGCUGUGAGUCAUGGAGGACAGAGCCUGGGCGAGAGAUCCCAUCAGAGAGGAGCCGACCCCUUUCCAUCGCAGUGACUGAUCCCCCUCCCCGGCCGGAGCUGAGCGUGGAUCCCCCGUCUGGAGUGAUGAGCGAAGGGUGUUCACUUAACGUCACCUGCACGGCCCCCGGGGACGCCCGUGAGCGGAAGUUUCACUUCUACAAGGAUGGAGUCAAGCUUGUUCCUGGGGAUCUGGGCUCUGAGAUCAGCACCGUGGAGCCCAGCACCAGCUCUGUGAAUGUCUCUGUGCUCAUCAUCCCAUGGGCCAGUCCCAACAUCACUGGGGAUUACACCUGUGGGUAUGAGGAGAACAUGUCUGGGAGGUGGAUCCAGUCUGCAAGGAGCCUGGCUGGGAAUGUGGUUGGGAAUGUCACAAUGCCAGCCUCAUACGGUGAUAUUCUGCUGGGAACUGGUGGCGUCUUGCUCCUGAUCGCAGCCCUGGCUGCUCUGCUCUGCUACUGGCACAGGAAGAAGAGAGUUCCAAAGACUCCAAAAACCAUGGAAGGUGUUGAGCUUGGAGAACGCCCCAGGAACCUGGAUCCAGCCCAUGACAGCAAGGGAUCAAAAGCCACGGACGCUGGAGCGGAGGAGGCAGAGCAGGAUUCAGAAGUCACCUACGCGCUCUUAGUUCUCCCAAGCUCACCGGCCCACACAACCCAGUUGAAAAACAAAGCCACGCCUGUUGAAGAUGAACAUGUGCUGUACAGCGAGGUGGUGACAAUCCGCACCCAGAAAAAAGCUAAAUAAGAGGGGAAUCCCUCUCCCUGUUCCUCCACAUCUACUUCCCCUCCUCGAGCACUCACAUCCUGAACUGUUUAUAACGCAACAGCCUUUGUAUGACAUGUGGAAAGGGCCCACCCAAGUCACCGUUGUUGGAAUAUUUAGCUAGUCAGGUAUCAUGGAAAAACUGGUUAACCCCCUGGUCAUGAAUAUCACUGUGUGAUGUGUGAAUGGGUUGUGUCAGAUGUAGCUGGAAAUACGUUAUGAAGGUAUUUGAAGAACUAACCAGCUGGAGACACACGAAUGUGGAUUUAUGAGUUUAUGUGGCUCAAGUGACCUGGCAACUAAAAAAUACCACGGGGCUUGCGGACUGCUACCAUGUCUGAGGCUAGUUCUUGCCCAAGCGACAGGUGUUAGCUGAGAACUGACAACUCAUUGCUGGAGACUGGGCAAAGUCACCUGGGUGUUAGUUUUGUUUGAUAUUGGAAUUAGACGGAUAAGAAAGUGUUUCACGUUUCUUUGCAUAAAUGUUCAAUUUGCAAGAAUGUGUUUCCUCUUCAGAAUCUACAAAAUGUUCGUGUGUUUCUGCUGCCUGCUUAAUCUCACUGAUCAUGGCCGCACAUCAUGUUAUCAGCUGAUAUUUAAUUAUUUGUUCUGGGACUGUAAACACCUAGUCAGUCUGGAGAGCAGCACGACCAAGUGUGAAAUACGAGUUUGGCACAGGAAGGGCUAUUUCCAGCCCAGUGGAAGUGCCCUAGACAUCAGACAAACAGUUGUGAAACAUCUGAGUACACUGGACUUUGCUAUUUGUUCU